AUGGAAUUAUGUUGCAUGUCUGAGGACGAUUUGGCGCGACACAGGAACCACAAACAAAUCGAACGACAACUUCAGAUAGAUAAGAGGGAGUCGCAACGACAGCUGAAAUUGUUGCUUUUGGGGACUGGAGAAAGUGGAAAGAGCACCUUCAUCAAGCAGAUGAGAAUCAUUCAUGGCUCAGGGUAUUCAGACAAUGACAGAAGAGGCUUCACAAAGAUGGUCUAUCAGAACAUCAUCACAUCUAUCCACACCAUGAUCAAAGCCAUGAAAACUCUUGGGAUUUCCUAUGUUGAUGAAAAAAAUGAGAGAUAUGCCAAAAUGCUAGAGGAUGUACCAGCAGAGACCAUGACCACACUGGAGCCUAAGCAUGUUGAGGCCAUUAAGGGCGUGUGGAGUGAUCACGGGAUACAGCAGUGCUAUGAGCGCAGGAAUCAGUACCAGCUGUCUGACUCCACCAAAUAUUACCUGACUGACCUGGACAGAAUCACUGCCCCUUCCUAUGUGCCAACUCUGCAGGAUAUUCUCAGAGUACGUGUGCCCACAACUGGAAUCAUUGAGUACCCCUUUGACCUCCAGAACGUCAUAUUCAGGAUGGUGGAUGUGGGAGGUCAGAGAUCUGAGAGGAGAAAGUGGAUCCACUGUUUUGAAAAUGUCACAUCCAUCGUCUUUCUGGUUGCUCUGAGCGAGUAUGACCAGGUUUUAUCAGAAAGCGAACAUGUGAAUCGUAUGGUGGAGAGCAAGGCCCUCUUCAAGACUAUCAUUACUUACCCAUGGUUCCAGGACUCUUCCAUCAUUCUUUUCCUCAAUAAGACAGACCUACUACAGGAGAAGAUCACCAAGUCCCACCUUGCUGACCACUUUCCUGAGUUCAAAGGCCCACAAAAUGAUGCAGAUGCUGCAAUGAAGUUUGUCUUGAAAAUGUAUGAGGAGCAGAACUCUGACACAAAAAAACCUAUCUAUGCGCACUUCACCUGUGCCACAGACACAGAAAACAUUCGCUUUGUUUUUGAUGCUGUCAAACAUACCAUCUUAAGGAACACCCUCAAUAUGUUCAACCUGGGUUAA